GUCUCCACAGAAAGCUUGAAGUACUGACCAGCUGCCAGCCCGCAAGCCACCCCUCUUGGUGUCACGAGAGAGUCCUGUGCUUGACGUGCCUUCAGUAAAGUGCAGACAUGGCCUCUGCAGACUCUGAGAUGGCUGUUUUUGGGGAGGCGGCUCCCUAUCUCCGAAAGUCAGAGAAGGAAAGAAUUGCAGCCCAGAACAAGCCUUUUGAUGCCAAGACAUCCGUCUUUGUGGCCCAUCCUAAGGAAUCCUUUGUGAAAGGGACAAUCCAGAGCAGGGAAUCAGGGAAGGUCACUGUCAAGACUGAAGCUGGAGAAACCCUGACCGUGAAGGAAGAUCAAAUCUUCGCCAUGAAUCCUCCCAAGUAUGAUAAAAUCGAGGACAUGGCCAUGAUGACCCACCUCCAUGAACCUGCUGUGCUGUACAACCUCAAAGAGCGUUAUGCAGCCUGGAUGAUCUACACCUACUCGGGUCUCUUCUGUGUCACUGUCAACCCCUACAAGUGGCUGCCGGUGUACAACCCGGAGGUGGUGUUGGCCUACCGAGGCAAGAAGCGCCAGGAGGCCCCUCCACACAUCUUCUCCAUCUCUGACAAUGCCUAUCAGUUCAUGCUAACUGAUCGUGAGAACCAGUCAAUCCUGAUCACUGGAGAAUCUGGUGCAGGGAAGACUGUGAACACAAAGCGUGUCAUCCAGUACUUUGCAACAAUUGCAGCGAGUGGGGAGAAGAAGAAGGAGGAGCAGCAGUCUGGCAAAAUGAAGGGAACUCUUGAGGAUCAAAUCAUCAGUGCUAACCCACUGCUGGAAGCCUUUGGAAACGCCAAGACUGUGAGGAAUGACAAUUCCUCACGCUUUGGCAAAUUCAUCAGAAUCCACUUUGGGGCCACAGGCAAACUGGCUUCUGCUGACAUUGAAACUUAUCUGCUGGAGAAGUCCAGAGUCACUUUCCAGCUCAAGGCAGAAAGAAGCUACCACAUAUUUUAUCAGGUCACCUCUAACAAGAAGCCAGAACUAAUUGAAAUGCUCCUCAUCACCACCAACCCAUAUGACUACCCUUUUGUGAGUCAAGGUGAAAUCACUGUUCCAAGCAUUGAUGACAAGGAAGAGCUGAUGGCUACAGAUAGUGCCAUUGACAUCCUGGGCUUCACUGCCGAUGAAAAGACUGCCAUCUACAAGCUGACAGGGGCUGUCAUGCACUACGGGAACUUGAAGUUUAAGCAGAAACCAAGAGAGGAGCAGGCAGAGCCAGAUGGCACAGAAGUUGCUGACAAGGCUGCCUACCUUAUGGGUCUGAAUUCAGCUGACAUGCUGAAGGCACUAUGCUACCCCCGAGUCAAGGUUGGGAAUGAAUAUGUGACCAAGGGUCAAACUGCACAGCAGGUGCACAAUGCUGUAGGUGCUCUUGCAAAGGCUGUCUAUGAGAGGAUGUUCUUGUGGAUGGUUGUUCGUAUCAAUCAACAGCUAGAUACGAAGCAGCCCAGACAGUACUUCAUUGGAGUCCUGGAUAUUGCUGGCUUUGAAAUCUUUGAUUUUAACAGCUUUGAGCAGCUGUGCAUCAACUUCACCAACGAGAAACUGCAACAGUUCUUCAACCACCACAUGUUUGUGCUGGAGCAGGAGGAGUACAAGAAGGAAGGAAUUGAAUGGACAUUCAUUGACUUUGGGAUGGACCUGGCUGCCUGCAUUGAGCUGAUUGAGAAGCCUAUGGGUAUCUUCUCCAUCCUGGAAGAGGAGUGCAUGUUCCCUAAGGCAACUGACACCUCUUUCAAGAACAAGCUCUAUGACCAGCAUCUGGGCAAAUCCGGCAACUUUCAGAAGCCCAAGCCUACCAAAGGGAAGACUGAGGCCCACUUCUCCCUGAUACACUAUGCUGGCACAGUAGACUACAACAUCACUGGCUGGCUUGAGAAGAACAAAGAUCCCUUGAACGAAACUGUCAUUGGGUUGUACCAGAAAUCAUCACUGAAAACAUUGGCCUUACUCUUUGCCAACUAUGGUGGAGCAGAAGCAGAAGCUAGUGCUGGCAAGAAAGGUGGCAAGAAGAAGGGUUCUUCCUUCCAGACUGUCUCAGCUCUUUUCCGGGAGAAUUUAAACAAGCUGAUGACCAAUUUGCGAAGCACUCACCCCCAUUUUGUACGCUGCAUCAUCCCAAAUGAAACAAAAACACCUGGUGCCAUGGAGCAUGAACUGGUGCUUCACCAGCUGAGGUGUAACGGUGUGCUGGAAGGGAUCAGAAUUUGCAGGAAAGGAUUUCCCAACAGAGUCCUGUAUGCAGAUUUUAAACAGAGAUACAAAGUAUUAAAUGCAAGUGCUAUCCCAGAGGGACAGUUCAUUGACAGCAAGAAAGCUUGUGAGAAACUUCUUGGAUCAAUUGAUAUAGACCACACUCAAUACAAAUUCGGUCACACCAAGGUGUUCUUCAAAGCUGGGCUGGUAGGUCUGCUGGAAGAGAUGAGAGAUGAGAAACUGGCACAGCUCAUCACUCGCACACAGGCCAGGUGCAGGGGCUUCCUGAUGAGAGUGGAGUACCAGAGAAUGGUGGAAAGGAGAGAGUCCAUUUUCUGCAUCCAGUACAACAUUCGUGCAUUCAUGAAUGUCAAGCACUGGCCCUGGAUGAAGCUGUUCUUCAAGAUCAAGCCCUUGCUGAAGAGUGCAGAAUCUGAGAAGGAGAUGGCCAACAUGAAACAAGAGUUUGAGAAAACCAAGGAAGAGCUUGCAAAGUCUGAGGCAAAGAGGAAGGAGCUGGAGGAGAAAAUGGUGAAACUGGUGCAGGAAAAAAAUGACCUGCAGCUCCAAGUGCAGGCUGAAGCUGAUGCUUUGGCUGAUGCUGAGGAAAGAUGUGACCAGCUCAUCAAAACUAAAAUCCAACUGGAAGCUAAAGUUAAAGAGGUGACUGAAAGGGCUGAGGAUGAGGAGGAAAUUAAUGCUGAGCUGACAGCCAAGAAGAGGAAACUGGAGGAUGAAUGUUCAGAGCUGAAGAAAGAUAUUGAUGAUCUUGAGUUAACACUGGCCAAGGUUGAGAAGGAAAAACACGCCACCGAAAACAAGGUGAAAAACCUCACAGAGGAGAUGGCAGCCCUGGACGAGACAAUUGUGAAGCUGACAAAAGAGAAGAAAGCCCUCCAAGAGGCCCACCAGCAGACACUGGAUGACCUGCAGGCAGAAGAGGACAAAGUCAAUACUCUGACCAAAGCUAAGACCAAGCUGGAGCAGCAAGUGGACGAUCUGGAAGGGUCCCUGGAGCAAGAGAAGAAACUGCGCAUGGACCUUGAGAGAGCUAAGAGGAAACUCGAAGGAGACCUGAAGCUGGCAAAUGACAGCAUAAUGGACUUGGAAAAUGAUAAGCAGCAGCUGGAUGAGAAACUGAAGAAGAAAGACUUUGAAAUCAGCCAGAUCCAGAGCAAAAUCGAGGAUGAGCAAGCCCUGGGCAUGCAAUUGCAGAAGAAGAUCAAGGAGCUGCAGGCUCGUAUUGAGGAACUGGAGGAGGAAAUUGAGGCAGAGCGAACCUCUCGGGCAAAAGCAGAGAAGCAUCGGGCUGACCUCUCGAGGGAGCUAGAGGAGAUCAGUGAGCGCUUGGAAGAAGCAGGAGGGGCUACCACAGCUCAGAUUGAGAUGAACAAGAAGCGUGAGGCAGAAUUCCAGAAGAUGCGCCGCGACCUCGAAGAGGCCACGCUGCAGCACGAAGCCACGGCUGCCGCCCUGCGGAAAAAGCAUGCGGACAGCACAGCUGAGCUCGGGGAGCAGAUCGACAACCUGCAACGAGUGAAGCAGAAGCUGGAGAAGGAGAAGAGUGAGCUGAAGAUGGAGAUUGAUGACUUGGCCAGUAACAUGGAAUCUGUCUCCAAAGCCAAGGCAAACCUGGAGAAGAUGUGCCGCACCCUGGAAGACCAACUAAGUGAAUUUAAAACAAAGGAGGAGCAGAAUCAGCGCAUGAUCAGCGAUCUCAGUGCUCAAAGAGCUCGUCUGCAGACAGAAUCUGGUGAAUAUGCACGCCAAGUAGAGGAAAAAGAUGCUUUAAUUUCUCAGCUGUCUAGAGGGAAACAGGCUUUCACCCAGCAGAUUGAAGAAUUGAAGCGGCAAUUAGAAGAAGAGAUAAAGGCCAAGAAUGCUCUGGCCCAUGGCUUGCAGUCAGCGCGCCAUGACUGUGACUUACUCCGGGAACAAUAUGAGGAGGAGCAGGAAGCCAAGAGUGAGCUGCAGCGUGCCCUAUCCAAAGCCAACAGCGAAGUGGCCCAGUGGAGAACCAAAUACGAGACAGAUGCUAUUCAGCGCACAGAGGAGUUGGAGGAGGCCAAGAAGAAGCUGGCACAGCGCCUGCAGGAU